UUCAUUGAUCGUGAGCGCGUACCGCGAUAUGGGCGUUGUGCGAUUAAAUAAUGCUAUUGAAACCGCGGGUGAAACUUUAUAAACGUACGCGCUGAAAUUUGUUUUAGUAUAACACAUUCGCACAACGAUGUCACUUCUGGAGGCUUUAAUAAAUGUGUCCGAAAAAGCGGCGAAUAUAGCGCGCCUGUGCCGACAGGAACAGCAUUUGUUUGAAUUGCUAGUGGAAGAAAAAUCUAGCAGCGAAUCAAAUCCUCGAUUUGUACAAGAUUUUAAAACUUUAGCCGAUGUACUUAUUCAAGAAACAGUAAAAUACGAUAUAGGGCUACAAUUUCCAGAACUGAAAGAGAGUAUAAAAGGAGAAGAAGACAACGUGUUUUGCAAUACAAUUGGCGAAAAGAUUGUUGUGCAAAUCCAACCUGAUGUAACUUCCACUGCAAAUUUGCUUCAGACCGUUUUGAAUGGCGCCGAUGUAGCCGCGCGGUUAUUAGCUGAAGAAGUGCACAGAAAUAUUUCACUGAAGGAGAUUGAUGUUUAUUUAGACAACAUUCCGAAAGAUGUUGCGUUGGAUUAUGGACAGUUGGGAAUCUGGAUUGAUCCUAUAGAUUCAACGGCGGAAUAUAUUCACGCCAAAGAGGUGGUUGGAGUGUCUGGGAUUUGCGUUAAUGGAUUGAAAUGUGUCACAGUACUUAUUGGAGUUUUUGAUAAACUGACCGGGAUUCCAGUGAUGGGGGUUGUAAACCAGCCGUUUUUUAAACCUGUUGACAAUAGGUGGUCAAGCCGUAAACAAAUGAGAAGCUGCAUUUUGUUUUGACGCUAAGCUAUCGCUACUAUGGCAUACAUUAGACCAAAAGCUGACCUGGAAAGCUCACAUAAAAGCAAAACGCCAACAAUCUAAAAGCAAUAAAGAUGUCUUGGCUAAUUGGGAGAAAAUCGCAACUGACCUUGAAUAACAAACUAUUACUGUAUAAAGUCAUCCUAAAACCCAUAUGGACAUACGGAAUUGAGCUAUGGGGUUGCAGCAAACCCUCAAAUACCAAAAUGCUUCAGGCAUUUCAAUCCAAGAUUCUGCGAUCAAUAGCUAAUGCAGAAUGGUUCGUCAGCAACCAGACCCUGCACAAUGACUUUGGAAUCCCAUAUGUCAACGAAGUAAUCAGAUCCACAGCCAGAAAUAGUCGUGACCGCACCUUACACCAUAACAAUCGAUUAAUAGCUAACCUCUAUCACCAUCAGCUAGUGAACAGAAGAUUAAAAAGACAAUGGCCCGAAGAUCUGACUGAAUAAUCAUGGUGACCCAUCAAUGGAUGGUGCCCAACUCAAGCCACCUGCAAAAAUAUCAUCCUCUUUACUUAUUAC